AUGGCUGCCUCAACCCAAGACACAGGGCAGCCUACGGCUCCUACCCCACAGAAGAAGAAACCAGCCAAGCUGCGCCAGCGAAAGAAUGCAGCAGAUGAGGCUCAUGAUGAUAAACCAAAUGACGCUUCACCAGAAGCCAACAAUACACCUGCAGAGACUGAAAAUCGUCAAGGCAGUGAAUCAGUGAACUCGCCCGAUCCUGAACCCGAACUGGAGUCAGAACAACCUAAACGACGCAACCGCCGCACGCGUCGACCCCAGCGUGAUCCUGACGAACAAUCCGAAACAACGUCUGAAACUGCUGAACAAUUUGAACCCUCUAACCAUCGUGAACGACGACGUCGGCCCCGCCGGCGCGACGAGCAGCGCAUAGUGCCGUUUGGAGCUGACAGCGUAGGAAGGGAAGUCGGGCGGAGAAGAGGAGACGCCGGCGGUACUAUGGAUAAUAUCAGCAAUGUCAAUGGCAUGAUGAUGGGACAAGAUCAACAAAAUCAAGCUCAGCCAGAGAAGCAGCAGAAAGAGUCAAAGGAUAAUACGCUAUCGUUACGGCUAGACUUGAACUUGGAGAUCGAGGUGCAAUUGAAGGCCAGGAUUCAUGGUGAUUUGACGCUGUCUUUACUGAAUUAA